AUGAGAGAAUCAUUCGCACUAGUGUCUUGUCUAGCACUGGGGCUGUGUAUAAACGUAGAAGCUCGUGGAUUGGGUAAUAACAGUGAUGAAAGUGGCAUUGGUGAUAUCAGCGAACACAACACUCUUAAUAAUCGCGUAGAAUCCAGUGAUGCAAGUGAUCAAAUCAUCACUGAAACAAAUGACUCAAAAAACAAUGCAUCAUUAUUUAGUGUAAGUACUAAGGUUGAAUUGGGGUCACCGCUCAUGGUUGCCACCCCGUUUGGUUGUGCAAUUUUGGCCCAGCCUAGUGACAAACAGGCUCCUGUUGAAAACGACCCCCUACCGAACGUAAAGGGGGAGUGGCUUUCAUUUGAUUUCACUUUAUCCGAUCUUUCUGACUGCACUGAAGUAACAGAUGCCAUAUUGGCGCAACUGAGGCAUCAAUUGUUAUCUCAAUAUCCAUCGAGCACUACAGAAUCCCCCAUCUCACUCCACAGCUCUUCUAGAAACGCAUCAAAUGAUGAAAACUACAACUUUUCCAAUGCAUUAUCUCCAAAUGAGAGGGAUGUGGAGUUUAGAGAGAAGUUGAGCGUUACAAUGCAUCCUACUACACUGGAUAAUGUAUAUGUGCUGAGGUUUAUCUUGCUGGAUGAGCCGCAUCCACUUGCAGAGUCUAACAUUGUUAAGGCGUUAUCUGCAUUGAAUGGGGAUUUUGGAGAUGAUUCAUCGCUAAAUGGCAGUGAAGAUAGAUCGAACAAUUCCAACAAUGCUCAGGAUUUUGAUAACAUGUCAGAAAUGAGUGCCUCUGGAAUUGGCAAAGAGAUUGAUUUGUCCAAAAAAAUAUUGGAAGAACUCAGCAGCUCAAAAUCAGAAUCUGUCGAAUGCAUGAGCCUAGCGGCUACUGAAAAAGAUUGCAAAACAUAUUCAAAGUGCGAUAUUUUGCGUCUUGAUGGGAAGGAUGUCUGUUUCGUAUCACCUAGGACUGCCUUCUGGCUCCUUGAAACCAAAUGCGCUCUUCAGUCAAAAUCGGCUCUACUGGGCGUGGCAAAGGAUUUAACUUCCGCUGGCAUGCUUACUGAAGAAAACUAUCAGACCUUGAGGAGCAGUUUCGAUGUGGACCACAUCUGCAGCACUAUAACUCAUAGUUAUUUUGCCAAUUCAAAACGACUUAGUUCUGUUAUUCCACCCAAAGCUUUUGAGCUAUAA